AGGGGAGCGGGGGCCAUGGCGGGCGCGGCGGCGGCGGGCGGGCCGGGGGGCGGCGGCGGCGGAGGCAACGGCGGUGGAGGAGGAGGUGGAGGAGGAGGAGGAGGAGGGAGCGUGCCCGGCCCGGUGGCUCAGGGCCUGAAGGAGGCGCUGGUGGAGACGCUGACCGGGAUCCUGUGCCCGGUGCAGGCGGUGCGCGCCGCCGCUGAGGAGCAGGUGAAGGUGCUGGAGGUGACGGAGGAAUUCGGUGUUCAUUUAGCAGAACUGACUGUGGAUCCUCAGGGUGCCCUGGCCAUCCGUCAGCUAGCAUCUGUCAUUUUGAAACAGUAUGUGGAAACUCAUUGGUGUUCUCAGUCAGAAAAGUUCAGACCUCCAGAGACCACAGAAAGGGCAAAAGUUGCAAUUAGGGAGCUCCUACCCAACGGGCUGAGAGAAUCGAUCAGCAAAGUGCGCUCGAGCGUUGCCUAUGCAGUGUCAGCAAUCGCCCACUGGGACUGGCCUGAAGCCUGGCCCGAGCUGUUCAGCCUCUUGAUGGAGAUGCUGGUUAGUGGGGAUGUGAACGCAGUGCACGGAGCCAUGAGAGUGCUUACAGAGUUCACACGAGAAGUGACAGACACACAGAUGCCGCAUGUUGCUCCUGUCAUUCUUCCAGAGAUGUACAAAAUUUUCACAAUGGCUGAGGUGUAUGGUAUUCGCACAAGGUCACGUGCAGUGGAGAUAUUUACCACGUGCGCCCACAUGAUCUGUAACAUGGAGGAGCUGGAAAAGGGUGCUGCCAAAGUCCUGAUUUUUCCUGUGGUGCAGCAGUUCACAGAGGCUUUCGUUCAGGCCCUGCAAAUGCCUGAUGGACCCACAUCAGACAGUGGAUUUAAGAUGGAAGUCUUAAAGGCUGUGACAGCACUGGUGAAGAACUACCCGAAGCACAUGGUUUCGUCGAUGCAGCAGAUCCUGCCCAUCGUCUGGAAUACCCUUACAGAAAGUGCUGCCUUUUAUGUGAGAACAGAAGUAAAUUAUACGGAGGAGGUGGAGGAUCCUGUGGAUUCUGAUGGUGAAGUAUUGGGAUUUGAAAAUCUGGUGUUCAGCAUAUUUGAAUUUGUUCAUGCCUUGUUGGAAAACAACAAAUUUAAGAGCACGGUGAAGAAGGCUUUGCCAGAGCUGAUUUAUUACAUCCUCCUUUACAUGCAGAUCACAGAGGAGCAGAUAAAAGUUUGGACUGCAAAUCCACAACAGUUUGUGGAGGAUGAAGAUGAUGAUACUUUUUCAUAUACUGUGAGGAUUGCCGCACAAGAUCUCUUGCUGGCUGUGGCUGCUGAUUUCCAGAAUGAGAGUGCCACUGCUUUGGCUGCAGCAGCUACCAGGCAUCUGCAGGAAGCUGAGCAGGCUAAAAACAACGGUGCUGAGCACUGGUGGAAGAUACAUGAAGCUUGUAUGCUUGCCCUGGGCUCUGUGAAGUCUAUUAUUACAGACAGUGUGAAGAAUGGUCGGAUACAUUUUGAUAUGCACGGCUUCCUGACCAACGUCGUUCUUGCAGACCUCAACCUUUCAGUGUCUCCUUUUCUCUUGGGCCGUGCUCUUUGGGCUGCCAGCCGUUUCACAGUGGCCAUGUCUCCAGAAUUAAUCCAGCAGUUCCUGCAAGCGACUGUCAGUGGUCUGCACGAAACCCAGCCGCCUUCUGUCCGAAUCUCUGCAGUCAGAGCUAUCUGGGGCUACUGUGACCAGCUGAAGAUCUCUGAGAGCACCCACGUGUUGCAGCCUUUCCUUCCUAGCAUUCUCGAUGGACUGAUCCACUUGGCAACUCAGUUCAGUUCAGAGGUCCUCAACCUUGUGAUGGAGACGCUGUGCAUUGUCUGUACGGUAGACCCAGCAUUUACAGCAAGCGUGGAGAACAAAAUCUGCCCCUUCACAAUUGCAAUCUUUUUGAAGUACAGCAACGAUCCAGUUGUUGCUUCUCUUGCCCAAGAUAUCUUUAAGGAGCUAGCUCAGAUAGAAGCCUGCCAGGGUCCAAUGCAGAUGAGGCUAAUACCAACUCUUGUCAGCAUCAUGCAGGCCCCUGCUGACAAGAUCCCAGCAGGGCUUUGUGCAACUUCUAUUGAUAUAUUGACCACAGUUGUGAGGAACACAAAACCUCCUCUGUCCCAGCUCCUGAUCUGCCAAGCAUUCCCUGCAGUGGCUCAGUGCAGCCUGAACACAGAUGACAAUGCUACCAUGCAGAACGGCGGCGAGUGUCUGCGUGCGUACGUCUCGGUGGCGCUGGAGCAAAUUGCGCAGUGGCAUGAUGAGCAAGGCCACAAUGGGUUGUGGUAUGUGAUGCAGGUGGUGAGCCAGCUUCUAGAUCCAAGGACGUCAGAAUUCACUGCUGCCUUUGUGGGCAGGCUGGUCUCCACUUUAAUUUCCAAAGCAGGAAGUGAGCUGGGAGAGAACCUGGACCAGAUCCUGAGAGCUAUCCUGAGCAAAAUGCAGCAAGCGGAGACGCUCAGUGUAAUGCAGUCCUUAAUUAUGGUGUUUGCUCACUUGGUUCACUCCCAACUGGAACCUCUCCUGGAGUUCCUGUGCAGUCUCCCCGGACCGACCGGCAAGCCUGCCUUGGAGUUUGUGAUGGCCGAAUGGAUGAGCCGGCAGCACUUGUUCUACGGGCAGUACGAAGGCAAAGUCAGCUCUGUAGCACUGUGUAAACUCCUUCAGUAUGGCAUCAACACAGAUGACAAGCGACUUCAGGACAUUAGGGUAAAGGGAGAAGAAAUAUUUAAUAUGGAUGAGGGAAUACGGACACGAUCAAAAUCAGCCAAAAAUCCCGAACGCUGGACAAACAUUCCUUUGUUAGUAAAAAUCUUAAAAUUAAUAAUAAAUGAACUUUCUAACGCAAUGGAAGCAAAUGCAUCACGACAGACAACCGCAGAUUGGAGUCAAGAUGAUUCAAAUGAUAUGUGGGAGGAUCAGGAAGAAGAUGAGGAUGAAGAUGAAGGCUUAGCAGGACAGUUCUUAUCAGAUAUUCUGUCCACAAACAAGUAUGAUGAGGAUUACUAUGAAGAUGAUGAAGAGGAUGAUCCAGAUGCGUUAAAGGACCCUCUUUACCAAAUAGAUCUCCAGGCCUAUCUCACUGACUUCCUGUGUCAGUUUGCACAGCAGCCCUGCUAUGCAAUGUUUUCAGACCAUCUCAAUGAGAACGAAAAGCGAGUGUUACAGGCCAUUGGUAUAUAACCCCGCUCAAGAGACCAUACCGAUCAUAUCUGAACCAUACUUUUUGGCUUAUUCCACGUUUUAUGAUUAAACAUAAAACAUUUUCCAGUGUCUACCUGCUUGUUACAGGUGGAUGAUGGGCCUCAUUGCGACGUGUUGAGCCUCAUCUUAACGAAUCUGCUAAGGGAAGGAAUACUAAGAAAGCAGCAAAGACGGAAGUCUAUAGAGCUUUGCACGUUGGUCUCACCAUGGGAGCACUUUCAUUUUCCACAGUAACUUUCCAGGAAGUUCUUUAAAAAAAAAAAAAAGUUAAAAAUGUGUCCUUAAUAUUUUUAAAAGCAAACUGUCUCUACCUGUGAAGAGGCACUUAACUGAGUUUCACACAGCACAGCUGGACAGAGAAAGGAAUUGGGUCACUUACAGAUUGCUUGGAUGUAUCUUGAGAAAUUGGAAGGUUGUUCCUCUUCGCACUCGCAUAACACAUACAGGGUAAAUAUCUCGAUCUUAGUGUGACUUCUUUUUAUAGAACUAUAGACUCUUAUCAGAGAUGCCUGAAUGGUAUGGAACCAGUUUACAGGAGUUUGGAUGGGAAGCUGAGACAAUAAAAGUAGAUGCAUAUCUUCUUUCCUGCUGUGGAUGGGGCUUUGUUGCUCACAUCUACUGUCUAGUCCCAUGGGAGCAGUUCUUUACUAACGCUUUUGUGUGCACAUGCUCAAAGGAAGCUACCACUUAAAUUUCUGUUCCUGUGGCAUGUGGCUACUAAAGACUUUGGUUUUAUGGAACACAAGGAGCCACGAUUUUUAGGGCAAGAAAACUGAUUGUAUUUAAGAUAUUUGCUCCAUGACAGCCACUCUGAACUACUUUGCUUCCUUCACACUCCUGUGUGUAUUUUUAUAGAGUGGUAAAAUAACAUUUGCAAAUUGAUUUACCCAUAAGAACAGCGUGAUGUAUCUCACAACACCUCUCUGCCUUUGGUUCCCUCUUGGGGAAAAUGAAAAUAAAACUAUUAAAAUGUACAUUGGUAUCCUUCUUAUAAAACAGAUUUAAAAGGAAAUUGCACAUGUUUCCUGAAGUCACUUUUUAAAGACAUAUUUCUCCUUAGAAAACUUUCUGUAUGUGCCGCCUGGAGGAUGUUAGGGUAUUUCACAGGAGUAAUCUAAAACAGAAAGGGAGUCCUGUAAUGGAUACAUCUUCUUCUGCUUUAAAGAAAAAGGCUGACCCAUUAUAGAGUUUCCUUUCUUAAGAAAGGUACUUGCUGUUCCUUUGUGGAAUAAUAUGCUUUGAAGUUGUAUCUGAAAACCUCCAAAGAGAUGGAGUAAUUAUGUAUCUUACUGGUCUAGUUUAGAAUAUAGCUUUUCACAUUUUUUACCAGGAGGGGAUAAUAAAUUAACUUCUUAACAGACAAAGAUGGCACAACCUGUUUAGCAUCUGUGGCAAAAUAACCCCAAAUUGUAAAGCGGACAUUGCUCCCUUCUCCCACUCAGAUCCCUCUUGUUGUGCCUGAGAAUAGGCAGAAAUAGAGGGAAUUGCCACAGUUUGCUGCAGACCUGCAGGUCUGGCUCAAGCUUGAGUCCUCAAUAUUUUUUUGUAUGAAUAGCUCUAUGAGAAGGAGAUUCUGAGGCUAAUUUUUGUGUGCGUGUGUGGCUUUGUCCUCUUUAGCCUGUGUCUAAUAAGGUGUAAGCUCUGAUCAAAAAUUUCCAAGCAGUUGUGUUGCAGUAUCUUUCUUCCCUGUGGAUUCUCUGGUGUAUAAGGAUAUGCAAUUAAACUUUGUGCUAUGGCCUUCCCUUUGCUGGGAA